UAGGUUUUAGUAUAGGUGUUCUGUGACUGUACCACGACUGUACCAUGGUGUUUACAGCGUGGAGAGGUAGUAGUAGUAGUAGUAGUAGUAGCACAAAACUUUAUUGUAUACAUAAACCAGACAGGCUAGAACUUCAGUGCCGUGAGGAAUAUACAGGGUGAAGAGCGUAGUCUGUCCGGCAGGGUGGCCCCACGGUGUUCUCUGGCCCCACUGGCACGAGCCUCCGUUCAGCUUGUUCCAUUAGGGCUGGGCUAAAGUCCCUCAUCCAUUGAGUAACAUAAGGCUUGAUCUAGGAACCUUAGGCUGAGCAAGACAGCAGCGCCUCCCAUUCGUCUCAUGUGCCAAUGGUGUCGUGUUCUUCGUCGUGCUCUGCCAACGCCUUGUGUUCUGCACACUCCCACGUGAUGUGAAAUAGUGUUGGUGAGGUACCAUUGGAGGUACUACCUUGGUACUACUACGUGUUUCUGGUACUACCGCAGCGCUAGUUGCGAGAGGAAUGUGAAUUGUGCUCAUGUUGAUGUAAGUGUACCAUGCGAACACCUUUACUCUGGUCCGACUAGUGCCUUUAACAUCUCACAAUGGUGAUAUUUCCUAAUGUCUCGUUUAUUUCAAGACGCGCUUGUUUCAUUAUGCUGCAUCCCUGUUCUCGCCACCAGUUUUUUUCUCCGGUGCUUGGAUCCAAGUUGUGUGCUCACCGAACAAAUAACCCACUAAUUACAUUACGAACUUUUACCGAAACCAACUUCACAGAGUUCGAAAACUAUGUGCAGAGUAACGCCUAUGUAGAGCAGCAGCCCAAGUUUGCCUUACUUAAUUUGCCACGUGUUGGUCAUGAUUUUCUCGUAGUGCAGCCUCAAAUUAAAAAGGGGAAACGGUUGAGGACAGAUACUACUACCGCUUUGCAGCUUGCUGAAGCAGUCACCUUAUUGGAAACGUUACCGGGAUGGAAAGCUGCUGGCAGGCUGACUCUUAAGACUGACAACGACAUGAGAAAGCUAAUAUUCAAGUCGGGAAACUUGGAAAGAAUUCAGGACAGCGUCAAGGAAAAGUCAGCCACUGCCAUUUUUAUCAAUUUCGAUAUUCUUACGGGCGUCCAGCACGCAGCACUUCAAGAGUUUUUUCGCCUGCCAAUUUACGAUCGGUACACGGUGGUGUUGAAUAUAUUUCGCAACCACGCUCGCACGAAAGAAGCCAAGCUGCAGAUAGCUCUUGCCGAGAUCCCGUACUACCGCGCCCGUAUCUGGCAUCUGCACAAGGGUACCGGCCGCAAUACGUUUGGCACUGGCCAGACCUACUACGAGCGACAGCAGCAGCAGCUGCAGACCCGCGAAGCUGCACUACGCAGGCAACUGGCGCAAAUAAAGGACGAACGUAGCCUUUUGCGAAAGAAACGACGUCAGCUGGAGUUCCCAACUGUGGCUGUCGUUGGAUACACGAAUGCUGGAAAGACUGCGCUCAUUAAACGACUAACGGACGACGAUCGUCUACAGCCGCGCGACCAGCUCUUUGCCACGCUUGACGUCACUGCGCAUGCGGGUCGACUUAACAUGCUGAAAUGUGUUCUUUACAUGGACACCGUCGGCUUUAUCUCGGACAUACCAACGACUCUAGUGGCAUCCUUCGCGUCGACACUCGAUGAUGUCGUUCUCGCAGAUGUCAUCGUGCACGUACUCAACCUGAGCCACCCCGACCGCGAAGCUCAGCGCAGUAACGUUCUCGAGACAUUGGACAAGAUAGGUGUGCCACAGAAGCUCCUCGACAGCAUGAUUCAAGUGGGAAACAAGGUCGACUUAUUGCCGUCGUCAGUGCCCGAGAACGGAUGGGAGUGCAUACCUAUUUCGUGCAUGGACGGCACAGGGCUCGCCGAGCUGCGGGUCGUCAUCGAGCAGAGGCUUAUCGAAAACACUGGCCGGUCAGUGGCAAGGUUUCGGGUUUCUACAGGAGGUUCAGAGUACAGCUGGCUGUAUAGGGAGGGCACUUUCAUUUCAUCAAUUGUGGAUGCCCACGACAGCAAUUAUUCUAUUGUAGAUGUCGUACUUUCAACUGCUGCAAAGGCAAAGUUUAAACACCUUUAUGGAAGUAUGUGCGCUGUGGACUAAAUAAAAUGUCUACUUGGACUGCAGUUCAAA